UCUAGUACAUCAAUAGACAAGAAAAAGAUUGUGGUGAUGAGUUCACCGACCCGAGUUAAUUCAAAUCCCGAAACAGUAUAAAUAUAUGUGGAAGGUUUCUUGCAUAUGAUACGAGCAGAAACAAAAACACAAAGUAAAACAAAAAAAACAGGAACAACUAAUACAGAAACCACCUGUUUGUUUACGAUUAAAGAUGUCUACAACCGUGCGAGACCCUCUUACAGUAAGCCGAGUUGUUGGAGACGUUCUUGAUCCGUUCAAUAGAUCGAUCUCUUUAAGGGUUACUUAUGGCCAAAGAGAGGUGACUAAUGGCUUGGAUCUAAGGCCUUCUCAAGUUCAGAACAAACCAAGAGUUGAGAUUGGUGGAGAAGACCUCAGGAACUUCUACACUUUGGUCAUGGUGGAUCCAGAUGUCCCAAGUCCUAGCAACCCUCAUCUCCGAGAAUAUCUCCACUGGUUGGUGACUGAUAUCCCUGCUACAACUGGAACAUCCUUUGGAAAUGAGAUUGUGUGUUACGAAAAUCCAAGUCCUUCCGCAGGAAUUCACCGUGUCGUGAUGAUAUUGUUUCGGCAGCUUGGGAGGCAAACAGUGUACGCACCAGGGUGGCGCCAGAACUUCAACACUCGCGAAUUUGCUGAGAUCUACAAUCUCGGCCUUCCCGUGGCCGCAGUUUUCUUCAAUUGUCAGAGGGAGAGUGGUUGCGGAGGAAGAAGAACUUAGAUGGGCUCUUCCUUUACAACCGAUUGAUAUUGCAUACUCUGAUUUAUGCCUCUAUAGUAUUUUAUAAUAACCAAUUUAUCAUACGAGUAACGAACGGUGGUGAUAUGACUAUAUAUAGUAAUUUUAAUAUGUAUGUAAUAAACGAGAGGGGGAGGAAAAUGAGUGUGUUUUACUUAUAUGGUGUGUGCUGCGAUAUUUUAUAAUAUUCUACAUGAAAUGAAGUGUUAUAAUUUAUACUUUA